GGAGGCAGGGGGAAGGAGCGCUGCUGACGCGGAGCCGGCACCGCGGCGAGAGAGGCGCGCGUUGCACUUGGCGCCGGAGAAAAAAAAGGACGCGCGCACCUCCCCGCCGUCACAGUCCACUUUGCGGAGGCUGAGGGCAAGAACAAAGGAGCCAGGAUGUAGGAUCGGCCCGAGGACAGGAACAGCGCACAGAGCCCCGCGGCAGGCAGCCUGCUCUGAGUCCCCGGGUCCCGGACUCGCUCCGCUGCGGGAGUCCGGCCGCCGAUAGCGGAGCAGGAGGAGAGGAGGGAGCCGCUCCGCUGCGCUGCGCUGGAUGGAUCCCGGCUCCCGUGCGUUCAAACUGGGCUCGGGACUCGGGAAAACCCUUAUUUAGCAGAAGUUGGAUUCUGUUCCAUUCGCCACUUUUAUUCAUGUCACCUGGUUCUGUGGGAAGCCCAGUCUGAAGGUGAGGGGGGCUGCUUUGAAGACUCCACCCCAGAAUGGCGACCGGCGUGGCAGCGUGGCUGCCCUUCGCCCGGGCGGCGGCCAUCGGCUGGAUGCCCGUCGCCAACUGCCCGAUGCCCGUGGCGCCCGGGGACAACUCCAAACGACAGGAUGAGCUCAUCAUCCUCAACGUGAGCGGACGGCGCUUCCAGACCUGGAGAACCACUCUGGACCGCUACCCGGACACCCUGCUGGGCAGCUCCGAGAAGGACUUCUUUUACAACGAGGAAACCAAGGAGUACUUCUUUGACCGGGACCCCGACGCCUUCAGGAGCAUCCUCAACUUCUACCGGACCGGGAAGCUCCACUACCCGCGGCACGAGUGCAUUUCGGCCUACGACGAGGAGCUGACGUUCUUCGGCAUCAUCCCCGAGAUCAUCGGCGACUGCUGCUACGAAGAGUACAAGGACCGGAAGCGGGAGAACCUGGAGCGGCUGCAGGACGACCAGGAGGAGAACAAGGACCUGAAGCUGCCCAACAUGACCUUCAGGGAGACCAUGUGGCGCGCCUUCGAGAACCCCCACACCUCCACCAUGGCCCUGGUCUUCUACUACGUCACCGGCUUCUUCAUCGCCGUCUCCGUCAUCACCAACGUGGUGGAGACGGUGCCCUGCGGCUCCACCUCCAGCCAGAAGGACACGCCGUGCGGCGAGCGCUACACGGUGGCCUUCUUCUGCAUGGACACGGCGUGCGUGAUGAUCUUCACCGUGGAGUACCUGAUGCGGCUGUUCGCCGCGCCCAGCCGCUACCGCUUCAUGCGCUCGGUGAUGAGCAUCAUCGACGUGAUGGCCAUCCUGCCGUACUACAUCGGCCUGGUGAUGACCAACAACGAGGACGUGAGCGGCGCCUUCGUGACGCUGCGCGUGUUCCGCGUGUUCCGCAUCUUCAAGUUCUCGCGCCACUCGCAGGGCCUGCGCAUCCUGGGCUACACGCUCAAGAGCUGCGCCUCGGAGCUGGGCUUCCUGCUCUUCUCGCUCACCAUGGCCAUCAUCAUCUUCGCCACGGUCAUGUUCUACGCCGAGAAGGGCUCCAGCUCCAGCAAGUUCACCAGCAUCCCGGCGUCCUUCUGGUACACCAUCGUCACCAUGACAACCCUGGGGUACGGAGACAUGGUGCCCAAGACGAUUGCCGGGAAGAUCUUCGGCUCCAUCUGCUCGCUGAGCGGCGUGCUGGUGAUCGCGCUGCCGGUGCCCGUCAUCGUCUCCAACUUCAGCCGCAUCUACCACCAGAACCAGAGGGCGGACAAGCGGCGGGCCCAGAAGAAAGCCAGACUGGCCCGGAUAAGAGUCGCCAAGUCCGGCAGCGCCAACGCCUUCCUGCAGAGCAAACGCAACGGGCUGCUCAACGAGCUGCUGGAGCUGACGGGCACGGAGGAGGACGAGCAGAAGCUGGUGAAGUCCGCGUCUUUGUUAGAGAGCCAACACCACCACCUGCUGCACUGUCUGGAGAGAACCACCGCGCACGAGUUCGUGGACGAGCAGGUGUACGAGCAGAACUGCUUGGAGGCGGCCCUGCGGACCUACGCGUCGCGCAGCCCGUCCGCGUCCAGCCGCGGCAGCGCCGCGGGCACGUGCUGCGGCCGCGGGCUCAAGAGGAGCGGCCCCCCGCCGCGCCACGGCCCCCUGCAGGAGCUCAGCGCCAUCCACAUACAGUGCGUUGACCCGGCGCCACACGCAGCCAGUCGUUCUAACCUCAACCUAAGAACCGACGAAAGGAUCAACUGCAAAGGUGGUCGCAUCACCACGGCUAUCAUCAGCCUCCCAUCACCCCCUGCUCUGACCCCCGAUGGGGACGGCCUCCACGGGCCCCUGCAGCGGAGGCCCCCUCCGCCUCCCGGUCACCCUGCGGCCCCGAGCAUCCAGACCACAAUGAGCUCCGCUGGCACCAACAUCGUCAAAGUCUCUGCUCUGUGACUCUUCAGCUGACGGAUGAGACUCAGCACGGGGACGACGAGGGGAGGAGAGGAUGAGCGACGCGCCGUGUCCGGUGUCGCCUGGUCACCAGGACGGGCACUCGGUCCGGAGUGGCCACUGACCAAGAUCAUGUGGAACAUUGUGUGGUAGAAAACUGUAUUUAUGUGAAGGGAGAUUCACCCUCGUCAUGUCGUGUAUGUACUGUAGAUACGGACAGAGGUGCUGCGUUUCUAAUAGAUUCUAAGAGCGGCACAGGUGUUUUACAGCAAGCACUGUUGGCAAAAUAAGGACGACGCAAUUAGCAUAUUCAUACAGCAGCAGAUGCUGUGAACGUGCUGCAAAUUCACGGUAGACUUCGGGUGAAUUCACAGCGAAAUAGCGAAACGGGUUUGUUGUUUGGACGACGGUAUCGACUGUGGUUACUUGAACUGAGUUGGUCUUGUUUAUGUUACGUGUCGUCUUAAGUAUUUUGAGAAAAAACAAAGUCUGAUGGUGAAAAACCCACGUUACCCAUUGCUGCUGCUAUCACAUCACUAAAAGGUCGCUCGUUGUGUAUGGUUUUAUAUGUGUUUAUUACGGUAACGUUUCCGACUGGAGCCCGACACACGGAAAAACAGCCUUCAGACAGCGGAUCUCAACUCCUACUGUCGACAGAUAUGUAAAGACACGAGUUUUAUUUGAAGACACUCGACUCGACAAAUGAAAAACAAGGAGCACAACAAUAGAUGCUGUUGAAAUCUGUUCAAAUCACUAGAGUACAAACGUUAACCUUAGCAAAAGUGGAGAUAAUUCAGUUUUGGUUUUAAAUAGCAAAAUGUGUAAAUGUGACAACAUUUGAAGGCGUCUAAACACUGUUGUUCUUCUGACCUGGAAUCUUUCAAAGGAUUUAAAAAUUUUUUUUCAGUCAGAAAAUCGAAGUACCCUAUGACACAGUUGUGUCUGUCAAACAUCUGGCGACCUCCACCUUGGACGUUUAACUAACUGUUUAUGUUUUGCCACUUUUUUUUCAUCCUUUUGAAAUAAUUCUGAACUUCUCGUAUAAACAAAGAGCCUCUGACAGCAAGUUUUUAAAUGGAUUUUAUAACUUUUAACUUACAUUCAAAGAAUAUUGAAUGGACAAAAGCACAAAUGUGUUAAGACUCAGAGCCCACAUUUCCAGAACUUUACACCAUUUUGCAUUUAUAUAAAACCAUCUGCUUCAACUGUAUGUUUUUUGAGUGGAUUUGUUAAAUCGUAACGGCUCCUGAGCUGCGGCAGAAGAUUCAGACGUGAUGUGAUUAAAUUACAGGAAAUGGAGAAAGUUUGUGUUGGCACUGUUGUCAGUAUGAGGUGAAUAAAGUUAAAUAAUGAAAAUAUUCAAUAAGGAAUCUUGAAUUGACCGAUGUGGACACAAAAGUAUGUUCUGAACUGAGCCCUGGUCUGAUUCCUGCUGUUUAGCAGCUUAGUACUUCCCAAGUGUUUUGUGGUUAUUUGUAUCAAACUGUGUUUGUCUUUUCCCUGUUAUUUUACUAAAGUGAGAUCUCUACUUUAACUUUGUCUUUUCUGAGUCAUGGAAGGUUUUUUUCCCUGUAUCGGUAUAUUUUGUUGCAUUUCUGUGUCUUGUCAUGAUUGAAAACCAAGCUGUGCCACCAGGAUCACUUUGCCAUCUUCUGUGAACAAUGAAGCUGUAGUACUUUCUAUGCUGCUAUACAACAAAUUACAAUCCCUUUAGAUCUGUUUUUUGUUACUUGCUGAAAAUGAUGAGCGGCAUCCAAACUCAGCUGAACACUUUUCAUCUCCAUGCUUUGACCAGUUUCUUAGAAAAAGCACUAUGAUGAUUAUUUGUUGUUAUCUGACAAUGGACCUGAAUCUAGAAGCAUUGUGAAAGUCACUUUUGUAACAAAAAAGUCUUGGCAUCGCUGUUUGUGUUGUUUUUUAAUUAUCUUUUUGAAAAUGGAGCUUUUCUGUCUGUUUGCAGUGUUUACAGUAUUCUGUCAGUUUAUUUGUUACGACGCCUAUGACGUGUCAGGUAAAAAUUAAAAUCUGCCACAGUCGUCAA